AUGACGGCUCGCCUGAUGCUCGCUGUGGGAGGAGCGGUGCUGGGUUCCUUGCAAUUUGGCUACAACACUGGUGUCAUCAACGCCCCGCAAAAGGUGAUUGAGGACUUCUACAACCGUACCUGGCUGUACCGAUAUGAGGAGCCCAUCAGCCCUGCCACCCUCACCACGCUCUGGUCCCUCUCCGUCGCCAUCUUCUCUGUCGGAGGCAUGAUUGGAUCCUUUUCCGUGGGGCUCUUUGUCAAUCGCUUCGGACGGCGCAACUCCAUGCUGAUGUCCAACAUUCUCGCCUUUGUGUCUGCCGUCCUCAUGGGCUUCUCCAAGAUGGCUUUCUCCUUCGAGAUGCUCAUCCUCGGUCGCUUCAUCAUCGGCCUCUACUCCGGCCUCACCACCGGUUUCGUGCCCAUGUAUGUGGGCGAGGUGUCGCCCACUGCACUCCGGGGCGCGUUGGGGACCUUCCACCAGCUUGGCAUUGUCUUGGGCAUCCUCAUCGCGCAAGUGUUUGGUUUGGACUUGAUCAUGGGAAACGACUCACUCUGGCCGCUGCUCCUGGGGUUCAUCUUCGUCCCUGCCCUGCUGCAGUGCAUCAUCCUGCCCUUUGCCCCCGAGAGCCCCCGCUUCCUCCUCAUCAACCGCAACGAGGAGAACAAAGCCAAGAGUGUCCUCAAGAAGCUGCGGGGCACGACAGACGUCAGCAGUGACCUCCAGGAGAUGAAGGAGGAGAGCCGGCAAAUGAUGAGGGAGAAGAAGGUCACCAUAAUGGAGCUCUUCCGUUCUCCCAUGUAUCGCCAGCCUAUUCUCAUCGCCAUUGUCCUGCAGCUGUCCCAGCAGCUCUCAGGGAUCAAUGCAGUCUUCUACUACUCCACCAGCAUCUUCGAGAAGUCAGGUGUGGAGCAGCCCGUCUACGCCACCAUUGGCUCUGGUGUGGUGAAUACGGCUUUCACAGUCGUUUCGCUCUUCGUGGUGGAACGAGCUGGACGCAGGACCCUCCACCUCAUCGGCCUGGCGGGGAUGGCAGGGUGUGCAGUGCUCAUGACCAUUGCCCUGACGCUGCUGGACCAAAUGCCCUGGAUGUCCUACCUCAGCAUUGUGGCCAUCUUCGGGUUCGUGGCCUUCUUUGAGAUCGGUCCAGGCCCCAUCCCUUGGUUUAUUGUGGCGGAACUGUUCAGCCAAGGCCCUCGUCCCGCUGCCUUCGCUGUGGCAGGGCUGUCCAACUGGACCUCGAACUUCAUCGUGGGCAUGGGCUUCCAGUACAUCGCGCAACUCUGCGGCUCCUACGUCUUCAUCAUCUUCACAGUGCUGCUAGUCCUCUUCUUCAUCUUCACCUACUUCAAGGUGCCAGAGACGAAGGGUCGGACCUUCGACGAAAUCGCCUCUGGUUUCCGUCAGGGGGGAGCGAGCCAGAGCGACAAAACCCCGGAUGAGUUUCACAGCUUGGGUGCCGACUCCCAGGUGUAACCUGCCGGCGGCUCCUCCUGGCCGCCCACCUUCUCUCCUGAGUUUGCUGGGGUGGAAUUUUUUAAAAACGCUUUGUACAGAAACCAGGAAGGAGGGAGCAGGGGGUCCGGCUCUUGUGCAUACACCCCUUUUCCAGACUCCCCCACUGGUUUAUCGGGGACAG